UGCAAUGAAAUGAAAACGGUGACUUAAAAUGUGGUUAUACAUUUUCUUUUAAGUAAAUCUACAGUAGUACUUCAAGGGUCCAUAUUUUUUUCUGAUAGCCGAUGAUAACUGAUAAUAGUACAAUAUUGUUCCAAAAUGCUUGUAAUUGUGUAUUUUCAAGACACGUGCAAUACUUUAUUAAUUUGAGAAAAUCUAAGGUAACGUAAACAUAGACUGUUGUCUAUUAUCAAUGUUUUAAUGCCAUCUAUCGGCGAACAUCUGUAACCUAAUGUGAUGUCCAUAUUGUAUUUUUGACUGAAUGAAUGAAUUAAUUAAUUUAAUAGAAAGGGUUCUGUUGGUCAACUAAUUUUAUUUUCGGAAACCAGUGUUUUAUGAUGGGUUUUAUAAUCGUGCUGCUGUACAAUUAAGUGUUUUUGCAGUUUUUCUUCACCUUUAUCAUUUUGCUCAUUGGAACAGUGAAGUGAGUGAACUGAACUGAGUCAUUUGAGUUACUUGUAACCCCGCCUAGAUUCACGGAGCCGGCACAACAGGUCCCUCUUUGGAGACUUUGACAGGCACAUAGCAGUUACCAAGGUUAAAAUGCAAAAUGUCUGAGGGCAGGAUUUAAUCUUUGGGUCGAUAUGACCCCAUGUAUUUUAAAAAAAAAAGCAACUGAAAAGAACGAAGAGUGACUGAUCCUGUUCCGCACAGCUCAUUUUCUGUCACCGAUCCAGAGUUUCACCAUGUCAAGCGGAGUUUUGGCUCGUCUGAGUACGCUGACUUUGAGUUUACAGCAGCUGGGUCAGUUACCACACUUGUCGAACUGGUUGCCCCGUCUACCUUUACCUCAAGCCACUGUUCGUGCCUCUGAUGUGCCGAGCCUGUUUCGCGAGCCCUAUAUCUUGUCAGGCUAUCGUCCAGUGCACCAGGAAUGGCGGAGCUACUUUUGUAGCCUCUUUCAGUGUCACAAUGAGUCGCUCAAUGUAUGGACACACCUGCUGGCAAUCCCUGUCAUUCUACUCCAGUUUUCUUUAUUUGCAGGGACAUGGGGGCUGACGCUCAACGUGGCGUCUUUGCCUCUGUUUUUGUAUGGGCUGUCAUCACUUACCUACCUCAGUUUCAGCGUGGCCGCCCACCUGCUGCAGUCACACUCUGAACUGGCCCAUUACUCUCUUUUCUUCGUAGACUACGUUGGUGUAGCUAUUUACCAGUAUGGCUGCUCACUAGGCCACUAUUUUUACUGUUCAGAGCCGGCAUGGAGGCAGAGUCCAGUGGGUGUUGUGUUUCUGCCCGGUGCUGCUGUCCUGGCCUGGUUGUCCUGCACCAGCUGCUGUUACGCCAAAUUUCGUUAUCGCCGCCCGUACCCUCCCCGCCGGAAGAUCUGCCAGAUCAUUCCCACCAGCCUGGCUUACAUGCUCGACAUCAGCCCUGUAGCUUACCGCCUGGCCACCAGAUCUUGGGACGAGCCGGUGAUGGCGUUUCAUGCCCUGCAAGUGGUGUUUUUCAUGUUGGCGGCUCUGUUUUUCUCUUGUCCCGUUCCUGAGCGUUUCUUUCCAGGGAGAUGUGACAUUUUGGGCCACGGACAUCAGAUCUUUCAUAUCUUCCUGGCCAUGUGUACUAUGUGCCAGCUAGAGGCAAUGUUCAGAGACUUUCUGGUGCACCGGCAGACUGUUGUAGAUGUGCAUGGAGAACAUUUCAUUGUGCUGGCGGGAGGAUCGUUCUUCUUAUUGGUGCUGUGCAGUGUUCUGACUGCAGUGCUUAUGAGAGGAGCUGUGCAAAGGCAACUGAAGAAAAAAAAAUGAAAACUAUUUUGAAAAGAUUUUACACAGCAUAUAUUGGUAUAUACUGUAGUACCAUGAGGUAUUUAUUAAUAUAAGUUGUCAAAUAAAAUAGUCUCAUUUUAGUGCAUCAUGAGAAUUGCGAUGGAAAGUCCUUUCUUUUUUUUUUCUUUUUUCCUCAAUCACGUUUUUAAAUCCCAGAUAUCAGUCUCAGGGAGGCUGUUUAUAGUUUAACUAGCAAAUAUUUUUACAAAUUAAAUCAAACUCAGAUACUAAAUGGGUUUUUCCCACAAAUGAAUUUACUGCUGCAGGAUAAUCUACCACUUAGCCGACAUUCCUCUGAGGUGCAGUACUGUAUGGCUUUGCAUAACUGGCCUGUUUACAUGGAACUGUUUGGAAUGAGUUUUUCGAAAGGCAAAAACAUUCAAAUUAAAGCUGGAUUUGGCCCAAAUUAGAACGAGGGAGAGUUGGAGGGGUGAGGGAUGAGGGAAACAAAGAGGCUACUUUUGUUUUGCUCCCGGCGUUGUCAGGCAACGGGUUUGUGUUGGAGGAACGGACCAACUCUCGUUUGCUUCUUGUUUAUCUUAAAUAACAUUCAUACAGAAUAUACAUACUGUGUUCCUGAAAUUUAAAUACCAUCUGCAGGCCUGGACAUAAUUGUCCUGUUUAAAUAUUUUGUUGUCAGGGUGUGCUGUUCUAUAUGCUGUGGGGUUCAGCAGUCUCGAAAACUAAUUAGAUAAAAAUCUGACUUAAACUUAAGUUAAGUCAGUUAAAUAAAGUCUUAUUAUUAAAAAAAGCAAAGUAACAAAACACGGUGUACAAUGUUAUACUGAUAAAAUAUGUUUUUUAUGUGCAAAAAAUAAUAAUUUUAGUUAUUUUCCUCCUUGAACUGCCCCAUCCCACCCCCUUAAUGUAUGAUGUACUGUAUUUAUUUCACAACAAAUAAUUUCUACCUCAGUUUAACUGGUGUUCAAACUAAAAUGUGCCGUAGGUGCUUUGUGUUUUAA